AUGGCUCAAAGUGCUUCUGGAUCCACGGUGCCGCAGGUGACCAGCUCACAAAUACUUAAGGAGGCGUUCGAAAGCAAGGAGCAACGAUGGCUGCGGCCCCAGCAAACGAUCCAAGACCUCGAGGACUUGCGAUCAUUUCAGAUCACCAAGCGCCGAGAAUACGAACAGCAAAUCAACAAAAACAGACUCAAUUACGGCCAAUGGCUUCGGUACGCCAAAUGGGAGGUGGAAUUCAAUCGAGAUUUCACUCGAGCCAGAUCCAUCUAUGAACGGGCACUCGAAGUAGAUGUCGAACACAUCCCAUUUUGGACCCAGUAUAUCCGGAUGGAAUUGCAUCACCGCAAUGUCAACCACGCGAGAAACCUCUUGGAAAGGGGUGUGACUGUGCUUCCGAGAGUACACAAGUUGUGGUUUAUGUAUGUUCAAACGGAGGAGAUCUUGGGCCAUUAUCAAGCUGUCAGGGACAUCUUUGAACGAUGGCUUUCAUGGCAUCCUACUCCAGAAGCAUGGGACGCCUAUAUCAACUUUGAGCGACGCUACGACGAAUAUGACAAUGCCAGGUCUAUCUUUGUGCGCUAUGUACUGGAACAUGACACUGUCGAAACUUGGUCCAAAUGGAUCCAUAUGGAAUCUGGUAUUCUCGAUAAUGUGCCUCAUAUUCGAAAGAUCUAUGAACUUGCGGCUAACACAUUACUUGAGAAGUUGAAAACGGGUACUGUGAAAGAGGAUAUAAUGAGCAUUUUCAUCCAGUGGGCUUCGUGGGAAGCGUCGGUUCGUGAGCAGGAAAGAGCCAGUGCAAUAUACUCCGUCUUGUUGGACGAGUCCAAGUUUCAGUUCCCACAGCACCAAAGGGAAACGUUGUUGCGUGGAUUUGCUGACUUUGAAAGACAAUAUGGUAACCAUGAUACCAUCGAAAAAAGCAUACGUUUGAAACGUCGAGCAGAAUACGAACAGGAGAUUAAAACAGACCCGCAUAAUUACGAUUCGUGGUGGGCACUUAUCGAUAUUCUCAAAGAAGAGAAUAAAACUGGUGAUAUCAAAGAGACCUACGAGAAAUUUAUGAAUACUUCCCCCACCACAGACGACGGUAAGACGGUUUAUUGGCGCCGAUUUGUGUUACUAGGAAUCAGAUAUGCUCUAUGGACCGAAUUCGACGUUGAAGAUGUUGAAGAAGCACGGUCAGUAUGGAAUAGGCUAUUGCAAGCUAUUCCUCACAAACAAUUUACAUUUUCCAAGGUGUGGAUUGGAGUGGCUGAAUUCGAGUUGAGAAAUAGUCCUGAGGACGGCUUACUACGUGCGAGGAAAGUUCUUGGUAGAAGCAUUGGACUUACAAGUUCAAGAGCCAAACCAAAGUUGUUCCGGUUCUAUAUCGAACUAGAGAGAAAACUUGGCGAAUGGGAUCGAGCUCGCAAGCUAUUUGAAAAAUGGAUAGAGACUGAGAGUUCAAAUGGAGUUCAGAAUAUAUGGCUGGUGGUGAAGCAAUAUGUUGCUUUCGAAGAGGCUAACCGAGAACACGAAAGAUGUCGUUCAUUAUUUGAGUUCAUGUUGGACCUUACGACUCGGGAAAAUGAUGUGAAGUUAAAAGGGACAGUAUGGAAUCUGUACAUUGAGUUCGAAAAGGACCUCUUCAACUACUCCCUUGCAAGAGAUCUUUAUGAACGGUACACAAAGACCAGCGAUGUUGCAUCUUCGUGGAUAUCUUUUGCCUUGUUUGAAUCGAGUAUUCCUACGGAAGAACAACUUCGAAUCUUUGAAGAAAGUGAAGAAGAAGAGGUGGAGUUCAACAUAACCGACCAGCAUAAGCAGAACACCAGCGCAAUUUUCAAGCGGGCAUUGGAACAUUUCGCUGCAAAGGGACUUUCAGAAGAGCGUCUUGUGGUGUUGAGAGCAUGGCAAGGUUACGAAAAUGAACAUGGAGACGAACAGAGCGUAAAGCAAGUCCAAGAGUUACUUCCUGAGUUUGUUCGGAAGCGCAGGGUGGUCAAUGGCGUUGAAGAAGAGUACAUUGAGUACGAGUUUCCCGGCGACAAGGAAUCCGCCCCGGCAGAGCCAUCGAUCAACAAGUUCUUGCAAAAUGCCAAAUUAUGGGCGGCUAAGAACGGCUGA